AUGGCUUCGCCCAGAUUUGAGCGGUUAAUUCGCUUCGUGAGCACAACAGGGGAAGUUCACUUUGGUGAAGUGCCAAAAGAGCACCCCUGUGACCGAACCUUGAUUGGCGAAGAAGUACCCCUUUACAAAGGAACUGCACCAUGGGAUGAUACGUUGGAGCUGAGCGGCCUGACAGCCAAGAUUCAGGAAAUACUCAGUCCAGUCAUUGAUGUGCCUUGCAUAUACGGCAUUGGCUUGAAUUAUCGUAAACACGCAGAGGAAUCAGGUUCUCCAAUUCCCGAGGCCCCCAAAGGUUUCACCAAGUAUCCCGAUGCUCUGGCUGGCCCUUAUGAAGAUAUCCCUGUGCAUCCAACAGCAAAGGAUUUGGAUUAUGAGGGUGAACUUGUCUUCGUUAUGGGAAAGAACGUCAAGAAUGUCCGGACAGACUCGGAGGCUCUCGAAGCCGUGCUGGGUUAUACUGUAGGCAACGAUCUGUCGAGUCGCUAUUGGCAGGAACCUGUUCGCGCCAGUUCCUCCAACUAUGCCAAGUCAUUUGACAAAUUCGCACCUCUGGGCCCAGUCCUUGUCUCGGCAAAGAUAAUUCCAGACCCUGCAAAACUGACGCUUCGCACAUGGGUCAAUGGCGAGAAAAGACAGGACUCUGGCAUUGACGACUUGAUUUACGACAUCCCGGCCAUCAUCAAAUUCCUAAGCACAGGCCAUGUAUUGAGGAAAGGCGCAGUCGUCAUGACAGGCACACCAUCUGGUGUUGGCAGUUUUUUGCCAGACGGACCAAAGUUUUUACAAGAUGGGGAUGAAGUUGAAAUUGAGAUUACUAAGAUUGGCAAGAUUCAAAACAAGAUUGUAUUUGAGUAG